AAACUUUCACCAUGCUUUGAUACAGACAAAGUCAAGUUCUAAAGAAGUUUAGAUGAUCUUAAGCGUAGAAUGAGUGUGUUGUAAUCUUGGUAGGUGGCUGCUCCGAUACCACUGGAAAUUGUUGUUUUGAUCUGAGUCCACUCUGCAGCUUGAAUCGCUAAAAAUGGAAGGGAUUGAAUCUGGUUCUAGACAAGGAAAGAGAGUGGUGGUGAUCGGCGGUGGACUCGCCGCGAAAUUGCUUCAGUUCCAUGCUGAUGUCACACUCAUCGAUCCGAAGGAGUACUUUGAGAUUACAUGGGCAAGUUUGAGAUCCAUGGUGGAGGAGCCUAAGUUUGCUGAAAGAACAGUGAUUAACCACAAGAGUUACUUGAAACAAGGUCGUGUUGUAACUUCUCCGGCGAUCAAUAUCACAGAGAGUGAUGUUAUGACUGAAGAUGGAUCUAAAACUAGACAAGAGAAGUUGUCACAUUACCAAGCUGGACCGGUUGAUAAUGUUGAUGAAGUAACAGGUGGACUAAAGCACUUGUCUUUAGAUGGACAAAAGCGUAUCGGAGCGACGUAUUACAUUGAAUGUAGCUCAAAAACUCAACAGAAUGUGAAAGCCGUAUUUGAUGCUGCUAUCAAAGUAGUAAUUAAACCAGCGAUGAAACAAAAGGAGAAGAAGAAGAGCAGAAGCCGCGCAAUGGAUGUCUCUCGUAAGUUGAAAUAAUCUUCCCUUUAGAGUCUCUUUAUAUAUGACUAAGAUAUUAUGUAAAAUUACAAUCACUGGAAUUUGGUUAUGCAACCUAUAGCUUCAUACAGUUUUUUAUGUUUAUGUGAAGUCUCAAAGCCAUUAACGAUUGUAGAUGGGCUUCUCUAUUUUGCAGAAACAUUCUGUGUGGGAAGCAUUGAUGAUGACUCAACUCCAUCUGAUGAUUGUUCACUUCCUUUCUUUUUUUCUAUUUGCCUAGUUUUGUGGUUGUGAUAAGUCGGAAUAUACAUAGAUUUGGCAG